AUGUCUUCCCAACGGCCAGAAAACAGUAGCCGAGCCAACGAGACGAGUCACUAUAACGCCGCCAACCAGACUGGAGAGCAAGUCCCAACCCCGAUGGAUGGUAUCAGUCUGAUGAACUAUCCCUUUACAUUUGAGCAAAAUGUCGAUGAUGCCGUUACCGCCUCACUUCGCAUAGAAGCCGAUCCUCAUCCCUCGCAAUCUAAUAGUCCGGAUACACACUCAAUAACAAGCAGCAUAUCAAGAUAUCGGGUAGAAAAUGGAAGGACUUUUCACGCCUACAAGGACGGAUCAUAUGUUUUUCCCAACGACCAAGAGGAGCUUGAUCGUCAAGAGUUCCAAUACGUUGUCAUCAAACACCUUAUGAACGGAAAACUGUUUUUUGCGCCUUGGACAGACGAAAACCCUCCUCGAAAUGUCUUGGAUAUUGCCACUGGUGCCGGACAUUGGGCAAUUGAGAUGGGAGACAAGUUUCCAUCAGCCAAAAUCACAGGAACGGACCUGUCGCCGGUUCAGCCGCGAGACGUUCCAGCGAAUGUACGAUUUUUUGUAGAAGAUAGCCGGGACCCGUGGAACUGGUACGGCGAAAAUGAUCAACUCGAUUACAUCCACACCCGUUUUACGCUGGGCUGUUGGGAGAACCUCAAGGACGACAUCCUCCAAAAGUCAUUCGAUCAGCUCGCGCCCGGCGGAUACUUCGAAGCGCAAGAACUUCUCAGCAGUAUACUCUGUGAUGACGGCACCAUGCAACCAGAUUACGAGUUAAAAGUGCACAUUGACGAUCUCGAGGACGCCACAGCUACUAUAGGCCGGCCGCUUCGUACAGCCAACCAAUGGAAACAGGCCAUGAGAGACGUGGGUUUCGUUGAUGUGCAAGAGGUCGCAUACAAGAUGCCCAUCAACGGCUGGGCCAAGAACCUCAAAUAUAAGCAGCUGGGAAAGAUGUGGGAGCAUAACUGGCUGGACUGUAUACAUGCUCUUUCCGUCGGACCGUUGCACCGAGUCAGAGGCUUGAACGACAAACAGAUUCAGAUGAUGCUUGUGCCUGUAAGGCAGGCCAUUUCCGACCACACCGUCCAUGCAUAUAACAAGUUUUUCGUCGUCUGGGGCAGGAAACCGUUUCCGAAUGAGCAAGUCCAGCCUCCCAACUCAGAGACUUCAGCCUCUGCGGGCUCGGGCGACACGGAAAUGGGUGGUCUUGCAUAG